UCUAGUGAGAAGCUACACUACGAACAAGUCAAAAUGGUGUCCAAGGUUGUGAUCCUCUGCGCUUUCGCCAUUCUGGUUCAGUCCAUCUCCGGCCAGAGGAGCGGUUGCUGCGGAUCCGGCCGCUCCGGCAGAUACGGCGGCUCCGGCUGUGGCUGCUCAUGCGGCAGCUCUGGAAGCUCCGGUAACGUCUACGCUAGCUCCAUCAACAUCCCCACCAGCGGCGGCGACUUCGUCGUCACCAGCGUCGGCCCCAUCUCCCCCUCCGGCAUCUCCGUCUCCUCCGACCUGGACCUGAGAGGAGACUUGGACGUCUACGGAGAACUGCCGUACCUGAGCGCCGUGGAGUUCUCUGGCCAGUACGACACUCAAGGUUCUGGCUGCGUGGACUACAGCUGCGGCACCUGCGGGAACGUGGCCAUCACCAGCGUGCAGGGCAGCUCCGGCUGCGGGUGCGGCUCCAGCUGCGGCUGCGGCUCCAGCUGCGGCUGCGGCUCCAGCUGCGGCUGCGGCUGUCGCUAAGACAAUACACUACACUCGACCACUUGAUAACAUUUAGUUAUCUUUAGCUGUCUCUCUACGAACUCGUACAUAUGUAUGAACUGAUAAAUAAAAGUGCAUUAUUCGAAUAA